UGAAAAAAUAAAUAUUUUACCGCCGAUUCGGUAACACUUUUUGAACAGUAACACAUAUGGGUAGGCGUAAAGUAAACGUUUAAAAAAUAUAGAUAUUAUAAUAGUAGCACAAUAUAAUAAUAAUAUAAUAAUAUUCUAAUAUUAUUUUUAGAGAUAUUUUUCUUCUGUAAGAAAAAUUAAGGAAUCAUAGAUAAUAUUAUGUUUAUCGGUAUAGUGCAGUGGACAAAUAUCUAGUAGGCACUGUAGGCCUGCACCACAGACAUAUUAUGCUUCAUUUUGUUAGGAAUUUCAUUUGUUUUUUGUUUUUAUUGUUGAUUUACAUUCUAUGGCAAUUAUAAACUAAGUGUUACAAAAAUCGGCGUUGCGAAAAUCGGCUAGAAAAAAAAAUGGAAGCUGUCCAAAAACAUAUUAUCUAUGUUAAAAAAAGAGAUUAUAUAAAAUCGCGUCCUCGAUAUAUUAAAACAAUUGUUACGUUGGCAAAAAUGUACAUUGUACAAUGAUCUAUGGAUUUCGGUUGUGACCAUUUAUAUGGUUGUGACUUAUCAAAAUCAUCACCAUUUAUCCGUUAACCGUUCGAAUGAUAUUCGUUCCAACUAAUAUUUAUUUACCGUUAAUUUUAAUUUACUUUUCAAAUCGUUUUUAGACGUACCUAUACGUGUUUGUCGUUGGAAGGCUAGGUUGAGUCAUAAAACCGUGCUCGGCCAAAAUUUCUACAGCUACGCAGGUAAACGUUUAAGUGCAAUAGUUUAUUUUAUAGUUUCAUACAGAUACACUUAGCAUAAUAUGGUAUGAUUAAUAAAAUAUUAUAAAAUACUGAUGACAGCACUCACGGUUUUUAUUUAUUUAUUUUUAUCUUUUCUAUAAUAAAUUUAGUGGUCGCAUUAUAUCUACGGUGGAACCAUAUACGGUGUGGAUAAAAUGUUUUUAGAGUUUAGAUAAAUUAGAAUACUGAUGACUGAUGAGUAAUGGCUAAUGAGCUAUUGACUAUUCAUAUAAUCGUAUUAUAUCACAAUACAGUCACUGUAUUCAUUAUUAUUACAAACACUGUGCAAAGGUAAAAAAUUAAAAGUGGUAAUUCAUGAAAGUGAAAAGAGAAUUUAAUGUUUUUAACAAAAUAGCGAUGAAUAAAUAAAACUCAUUUAUAUUUAAUAAUUUAAUUUUUAUCGAAACUGUAUAUACUUACCUAUUGGACAAAAUUUGAAUAAAAAUAACUGGUAAAAAAUCGUCUUAAACUAUUUCAGUUACAGAACAGAAACGAAUGAAGAAUGUGUAUACUUAAAUAUGAGUCCGUUAGAACUAGUUCAAUUGGACGUUACAACCAAACAGAACGAAAUCGAAUUAAAAUAUUUAUUUUUUUUACGGUUUUUCUGGAAGCGUUUUUACGUCGGUACAUUGUCAAAGCAUAUGGUUCUAAAUUAGUGGAACUUUCAGUUGUUUAACGUAUACCGUGUUAUCGCUGACUUGUUACAAAACGUUAUAUAAUAAUAUAUAAACUGUAUUGUAACUUCUAAUGCUAUGAAGUACACGAACAACACAAAUAUACACAAAUAUACACAAUUAUAUAACAACCAAGUACCUACCAACUAACCACUUUCCCUGUUUACAACUCGGGUUGAACGUUCUAAUUUUGUUCAUAGAAUUCUAAAUAGCUAUUUUGAUUCAUAUUAUUCCCAUACUGCUGUAAAGUAUAAAAUUCGUUUCGGUUUGGACGGUUCGGAUUGCAAAAUGUCGAUGCUGUUCCGUUCCGAAACAGUGCGAGACAACCCUUAAUUCUUUUUCACAGAACAAUAAUUAAUAUAAUUUUGUGUCAUCUGCAGUACGUGGACUAGAAGAGUUAAAACCUAUCCAUCGUGUAGGUAGCAAUAAUAUAAGAAUAUUAAAUCGCACACGUUUUGCAGAAAGUGGAAAAACAUGGCAACGAAAAUCCCCCAAAAUGAGAAAUUAUCCGGUUCGCGUCGACAGCGGCCGAUCGUCUCGCGUCCCGACAAUUUUCCGAAGUCCAUCCCUAUCGGAAGAUCUGCAAAGAAGAAAAAUUGCCUGCACAUAAGUCCGUGUAGUACUAUGAUGACAAAAUAUUGGCACAACAAUUAUGUCGACCCACUGUCGAAAACACGAUGUCCUCUAAAAUGUGUAGAAGUGAUUGGAUCACAUUGUGAAAAGGUGACUUCUGACGCACCGUCGGACGGGAACAAUGCUACAGGACGUAUUGUUAACGGGUUCACGUGGUCCACGAAGGAUAGUGGUUUCAGUAAGAAGAGCAACUACGGCCCCAUAGACAAAUGUCAAGGAAUCACAGCAUCGGUUGUCGUUUGCAAAACUGGAGUGACAGAGUACUGGUUUUACAGACGAGGAUUCAUUUCCACGAUUCAUUACAAAGAGACAUCUAACAAAACCUUUAAAAUACAAAAGAAAAAAACCGCAUCAUAG